AUGUCUUCCACUCAGAAGAACGUCUCCGUCGGCAAGGCCGACCAACCCACCACCACGACCACCACCAUGACCACCACCACCAUCACUGUCCCCGGCACAAACACCACCAUCCAAGUGACCGGAACCAAAGUCACUAUCCCAGCGAGCUUCGGCCGCCACAACCGCCAGCACCGCCAGCCCACCAAGACGGACAGCAAGUCCGACGACGCCCAGUCUGCCCCGGGUGCCGCCAACCCCAAGCCCACCACCACUUGCUGCACAUGCCCCCACUACAAGUGGCAACCUAGUCCCAAUCCGAGUCCAAGCCAAGCCCGUCGCUAUGUCCCGGACUGCGCAAAGCCCAGGAAGGGACUGAUGCCCACGCCUGCGCCCACGUGGUGCCCUGUGUGCUCCGCGGGUCCGAUGCCGCCUUGGGCUGAGGCUCCUAAGCCUAAGCGCAAGGAGGGAGAGAAGAAGGAGGUUGAUGAUGAAGAGGACGAGGCGUACGAUUGGCGUCGGGAGGAUGAUUUCACGGAUGUGUGGUAUGAUGAUAUGGAUUGA